CUUCAUUAGUCUGCGUGUGCCCGGCAUCUUUCUAGGUUCCCGGGAAAUAUCUUCACAGCAGACAAGAUUCUACCAACAGGCUUGUACUGGGAUUAAUAGCCUAAUGAGUGGUUGACUGGGGUCCACAUUCUGUUUGCUGUUGUUUGUGGGUGGUUUCCCCUCAGGCCUCAAGUUGGCGAAGUCAGCUUCCAGGCCCAGAAGGUCUCCUCCCAGGGGCGGGGAAGCCAGCUGGGGGCGUGUAAACCUCACCGGCAGGGGUUUGGCUGAAAUGAAAGUGGAAGCAAAUUCCGCAGGCAGAACCAUCCGAAGCAUAUCUCAGGCCCGGCUUGGAGGGGACGAAGACACCUCCGAAGGUCCAAGCAAGAGUUUAGUCACAAGGGAUACGGCCACUUCGUGCCCAGCUCCGAAGCCUCAGCUCUGGUCAGCCGGACCCCAGGCCCGUGUCAGUGAUGGGUGAUGCUGUCCCAUUCGGGGUACCUGCGAUCCCCCUGGUGUUCCGAGGACACACUCAGCAGGGCCAGGAAGCGCCCAAGUGUCUGGUUUCCAAAGUGCGGAUCUGCUACCCUCUGCCCGGAGGCUCUGCUCUGAUCACCUUCGAUGACCCCAACGUGGCCGAGAGGGUGCUGCAGCGAAAGGAGCACGAGAUCCGCAUGGAGGAAUGCCGGCUGCGGGUGCAGGUGCAGGCUCUGGAGCUGCCCGUGGUGACCGCCAUCCAGGUGUCCACUCAGGUAAGCAGGCAGAGCGUGCUGGUCAGCGGGUUUCCUGCCGGCCUCCAGCUGAGUGAGGAGGAGCUGCUGGACAAGCUGGAGAUCUUCUUUGGCAAGACCAGGAAUGGGGGUGGCGAUGUGGAGACGCGGGAGCUCCUGCGCGGGGGUGUUGUGCUGGGCUUCGCUAAGGACGCAGAUCAAGGUCCGGCCGGUGCCCCAGUCAGUGCUGGUGCUCAACAUUCCCGAUGUCCUGGAUGGCCCGGAGCUGCAGGACAUCCUGGAGAUCCACUUCCAGAAGCCCUCCCGUGGAGGCGGGGAGGUGGAGUCCCUGAGAGUCGUGCCCCCGGGACAGCGGGGCCUGGCAGUCUUCACCGCCACCUCGGGCUGACAGCCUGCCCUCCUCAUCGCCCGCACCCCUCCGCCAAGCCUCUCGAACCAGGCUGGAGUUGGGUGCGCGGGGGCAGGAGAUCGUGCAGGUCAACAGCAGCAGGGAUUAUGGCUUGUGAAACGCUGCCCAAGAACAAUAAAAGUGGCGUGACCGUCUUCUCAUUUCAUUUCCUGAAAGGAAACUUGAUUUGAGCAUGGAAGAAGGAACCCUAACCUUCCACUCCCGGCGC